CAGCGACGAGAAUAGAGGCGCGCGUUUUGUUUUUAUCACAUUUUGUUUUUGCCUCUUGGUUGGCCAAGUCGGGCCGCCUUUUCCUUCUCCGAGUGAUAAACUGACAGAAUCUGGAGUGCCGUGAUAAGCUCAGAAACAUCAAAGUUGAUUUAAAAAAAAUAUAUAUUUAUAUGUAUUUAUCAACUUAAAACUUUGUCCUGUGUCCUGGUUGUGUGAUUUUUCAACUCUCUGGCUCUGAACCACAGAAUGCAAUUUGACUAAGUUUCUGUGAACUUUGCAAGAAUUAUCGGUGAAAGUACAAGUGUCGAGUGUUUUCGGUCUUUUCCUUCUUCCUUGCCGGUAAAAAAACAGCAACAGACGGUAAAGCAAACCAAAGAGCGACAACAAAACAGCGUCAGCGCGUCUGUCUCGCUUCCGCGAAAAGGCGAAGAGAGAGCGUAAAGAAAAAUGUAAAGAGCCGACGAGAAUGGCGCCGAGUGUGUAGAUGAGAGAUAAACAAUAGAAGCAUUUUUUGAUACUUAAAAAUUCUACACAAUAAAAAAAAAAAAAAAAAAAAAAAAAACUCAGCUCAGGUAACCGCAAAAAUAGACUGCAAAAGAGGCGAAAAACCAACGAAAAACUUUUUGGAAAUAUUUUUUAUACACAAGAAAACCCCAACUUUUGGGCAUCCUAAAGUAAUUAAAGGAAAUGAAAUGAAAAAUUGUGCGAAAUGCUGCUCCGACGUAUCGGUGAAUAGGUCACAAUAGGCACAGCUUUCGAAAAUCCCUCAACGAUCUGAUUGAUCCGAUUUUCCAUCCUAAACCCUCUAUGGCGCCGCGUCGCAACAGCAAUAUCAGCGGCAAUCCUUCCCAGCAGCAGCAGCAUCCACCUCAGCAGUCACAGCUCCAGCUCUCGCUCCCACAACAGCAACAGGAACAGUUUCUCCACUUUUUCACCGAAAACAACAGCAGCAGCAAUCCUUCGUCCAGCAACAGAAUGGCGCCCAUGCAACUGAUGCAGGGCUCCAACGUGCAGCUGGUGCGCUGCUGUUACCCGAGCGGCGAGUGCCGCAAGCUGGAUGCCCUGAUCGCCAUCACGGAGACAUCGUUGGCGGAGUGCGUCCGGGUACUGUGCAACAAUGAGAACUGUGGCGCCGGACAGUACAUGCACCGCGAAUGCUUCGAAGUGUGGGAGGCGGGUGUUUUGCAGACGCUCAAGUCGAGUGGCCGGGCGCGCAGCUGGUCGGAGCGGCAGAGGGCCCAGCACCUGUGGACGAAGAAGGGCUACGACCUGGUCUACAAGGCCUGCAGCUGCAAGUGCGGUCGCGGACAGCUGCGCAAGGAUCUCGAGUGGUCGGUGCCGGCCUCCAAUGGCGGUUUGGUGUUUCUCAAUGGGAGUGGAAAUGGAGGAGGACGGAGCUCCAUGAAUGGAAACCUCAGCGAGGACGACGACAAGAAGAAGGCCAAGAAGAAGCGCAAUCGCAAUGGAAACAGCGGAAAUUCUGGCUCUGGAGGCGGCGGUCAGAAGAACGGAGUGGCUCCCCUGAGCACCAACAAUAGCAAUGGCUACGGUGGAGGCUCCAUUGGACUCACCCCGAACCCCAAUGUGGGAGUGAUCGGAUCCGGGCUGCCGCACAACAGCAACAGCAGCAAUGGAAACGUGAACGGCAACAGUGGAUCCUCAGAGGGGAAUGGAUUGCAGCCCAGUGUGGUGGCUUCGCUGAGCAACAUCCUGGCUCCGAACAACGUGCUGGGCCUCGAUCUCCGUGCCCGGGCCGGCAGCCUCUCGUCCAGCGGCGCCGGCAGUGGCUCCAGCUCCCCCUCGGCUUCGCAGUCCAGCGCCGACAUCUCGCUCUCGCCGGUGCAGCAGCUCCUACAGCAGCAGCAGCAGACCUCGCUGCUUAUGCAGCCCCUUGUGGCACCCACUACUACUAGCUACAGCGCUGCCAAUAACGCCCUACUCCUCCAGAACGGUCUCGGGCUCUCCAAGAAUUUGCUGUCGCAGCCACCGGCGCUACCUGCCCUGGCCAACAUCAGCAACUUCAAGCCGUUGGUCAGCUACGAGCAGCAGCAGUUGGUGCAGCAGCAGAAGAACAAGGAGGUGGAGCAAUAUUCGGAGCGUGUGCGCUCGACAUCUGGCUGCAACGGCAUCUUUUCACGUCGCUUGGAUUUCUCGGCGUUCAAUAAGCUUCCAAAUACGCGUUUGAAUUCUUAUCAAGUCAAGAUCGAGGACGAGGGCAACCAUGGAAACGACGAGACGCGCCUCUUCAUCCUUUCCUCCUUGGCCACUUCGCAUAUGAGCCGCGUGUCCUGUAUUUUGUGCGAAGAGCCGCUGCUCGUGUUCGACCGCUAUCCCCUGGUCGAUGGCUCGUUCUUCCUCAGCCCCAAGCAGCAUUCCAGCGGCUGCAUCGAGGUUAAAUACGAGGGACGCACGCUAUACUUGACCUCUGUGUGCAUGAGCUGCCUGGACGGAACUUCCAGCAGUCGCCUCAUCAGCUGCAGAUUCUGCAAGGAGCCCUGGGAUGGAUCCAGCCUGGUUCUGGGCACCAUGUACGCCUACGACAUCUUCGCGGCUAUGCCCUGCUGCGCCGAGAGGUUCAAGUGCAAUAACUGCUUCAAGAUGCUGAUGCAUCCCCAGCAGCGGCUGAGCUUCUACAGCGACUACUCGCAUGGGGUGACAUGUCCAUACUGCAACACCCAGGACACGCACUUCGUCAAGCCGCUGAGCUUUUGCUAUGCCAAGAGCUCCGCGACACGGCUGCCGACGCUCGCAUAACAUGAGGCCCCGUUGGAGCCUCAGGCAGGCACGGCAGCCGCAGCAGCAGCAACCAGUGCCCCCGGUGCUCCAACGGCCUCCUCGACGGCAAAGCAGCCGAUCUUCAAUGCGGCCAUCGACUACUCGGCCCCACUGCAGCAGCAGAUCAACCCGGACCUGAUUGGUGCCCAUCCUCAUGCCCAGCAACAUCAACAGCAGCAGCAGCAGCAGCAACAGGGACGGCAACAGCAACAGCAGCAGCAGCAGCAGCAACUACAUCAGCAGUCGCAGCAUCAGACAGCUCCUACCCAGAGGGGUAGCGAGGGAGGGAACUAUCGCAUGAACAACUUCCACCAUCAGCCGCAGCAGCAGAAUCAGCAGCAGCAUCCUUCUGCACAAGCUCCAGCUCCAGCUGCGAAUCCAGCUCCAACUCCAACUGCAGCUCCUCAGAAGGUGAGCAGCUAUCACCGCAACAUCAUGUCCAUGAAUGAUGUCUUGAGAGAAUACCAGCAGCAGCAGAAGCAGCAACAACAGCAGCAACAGCAACAGCAACAGCAACAGAUGGGGCAUGUUGCAGGUGCCCUUCUCUUGACCAACAGCAAUGGCAACGCAAGCAACAACAACAACAACCAUUCAAGCCACUCCGGCGUUGGCAGCAGUAUUAGUAACUUAUUAAUUAGCCAUAAUUCAAGCAGCAUCAGCCACAAUCAGACCAACAACAACAGCCAGAACGCCCAGAACAGCCAGAAGCUGAACGGUGCCUGGGGACAGACGGACACCAUAUCCGCUCUGUGGGGCUGCAGCAGCAGCAGCGGCUGCUCCUCGGGCAGCGGCUCACAGCCGUCGCUCAGCCCCACCGCCAGUAGCCACAGCAAGGAGAUGCUUCUGUGGACGGCCCAGACUUCGCCCAGCAGUCAACCACUCAGGGACAACGCCAGCUUCAAGGAGCUGCAACCACAAGCAGCCUCGCCGACAGCCUCGUUGACCAGCUCCUCGGGAGCCUCAUCCACCUCCGGCUGCUCUACCUCGAAUGGCUGGAACACCGGCAGCGGUGGCGUUGGCACUCACUACGGCAAGGCCAACAUCUGGGAGCUGCCCGGUCAGUCGGCACAGCGCCUCCAGGCCCACGACAUCUUCACCGAUCUCUUGUCCAACCUGAGCAUCAGGCAGGACAGCGGCAGCCAGAGCCAGAGCAGCCACACCAAGGCGGACGCUUCGGACGUCAGCUCCAACUCGUCCUCAUCUGCGGGGGAGCUUCUGGAGAUGGGCAACAUCUGGCGGCACAGUGUCAGCGGCCUAGGAAGUCGCCAGGCGUCUGAGGCUAACACCUAUCCUCAGAUCUACGAGGAGCCCACAGGUGGCGCCGCCUGCAUGCAGCUCUUCAACGAUUAUCUCAACAUGAACUAGUGCAGUGCGGAUGGAGAGCCCCUGUUACUCUAGAGAGAAAUGACCCUAGAAAGAGUAAGAAAACAGAGAAUCAGAAAGAACAAAUGAUAACAAUUUUACGAAAAACUAUAAAUUUCCAACCAAUUUUUAAAGUAGACUUGAACCAGCAACGCAAGUUGAAGUAUUGUUUGUGGUUUGCGAUUAGUUUUAGAUCGGCAUUUGAUUUUAAUGCACCCACACAGGCAUAUACACAUACAUACAUACAC